AUGAGUAAGUUCUCAUCUCUUUCAGAGCUAUUCUUGUACUAUUGUCAACUUGAUAGUCUAAAUCCAUCUCUUGGAUUUGUCAAUUUCACUUCUAUUCGAAUCCAUCAUCUUUCCUAUAAUCUUUUUGAUCAUGAGAUACCUAAUUGGCUCUCUAAUUUGACAAGCCUUAUACAGCUUGGCCUAACCUACAAUUCUCUAAAAGGCGAGAUACCACCAAGCAUUUUCAAUUUUCAGAACUUGGAGUAUCUAACAUUGGGUUUCAAUAAGCUAACUGGAAAAAUUCCAGAAUCCUUAGGGAAACUUAAGCGUCUAAUGCAUCUCGACCUUCAAGGUAAUUCUUUUAGUGGUCCUAUUCCUUCAUCCAUUGGGAAUUUAUCUUAUAUCGAGCAAUUAUCCCUCCACAAAAAUCAUAUCAAUGGCAUUGUUCCAAAGAGUCUUGGGCUUCUCUCAAAUUUAAAGAAGCUAUCUAUUGGAAAUAAUCUCUUAACAGGCGAAAAUCAUUUUCAAGUGACCAUACCACUUUGGAUUGGACAAAUGACAAGUCUUAGGGUUCUUCAUCUUAGAUCUAAUGGAUUUAAGGGCCACAUACCUCUACAAAUAUGCCAACUUUCUUCUCUUAUGGUGUUGGAUCUUGCCAAUAAUAGCUUAUUGGGGCCCAUACCAAAGUGCUUGAAUAAUAUCAGUGCUUUGAAAAUACCCAAUACUAGAGACUUUGUUUAUUUUGAUAAUGAAACUUUGAGAUAUGACUGGUAUGUUGAGAAUCUUGUGUUGGUUCCCAAGGGGAAUGAAUUAAAAUAUGAAGAGACCCUUAGAUAUGUGAGAAUCAUAGACCUUUCAAGUAACAACUUGUCUGGAUCAAUUCCUAUUGAAAUCUCACUUCUUUUGGAACUACGUUUUUUGAACUUGUCUCGAAAUCAAUUGGUGGGAAAGAUUCUUGAAAAAAUUGGGAGCAUGAUAGGGUUAGAGUCAAUUGAUUUCUCACGAAAUCAUCUAUCUGGUAAAAUUCCUCCAAGCAUGUCUAAGUUGACAUUUCUUUGUCAUUUAGAUUUGUCAUACAACAAUUUCUUAGGUAGAAUUCCUUCAAGCACCCAGCUUCAAACUUUUGAUGCACUUAGCUACACUGGCAAUCCUCAACUUUGUGGUGUUCCUCUUGCAAAAAAUUGCACAGUAGACAAAGAACCUUCAAAUAGAACACCAAUUGGCAAAACUGAAGAUCACUCUGAAAAUUAUAGCUUCUAUAUGGGUUCUGAGGUUGGUUUCAUUGUUGGCUUUUGGGCAGUUUGUGGAGUUCUCUUCUUCAAAAGGAACUGGAGGCAUGCUUAUCUUGUAUUUCUCGAUGUCAUAAAGGAUUGGGUUUAUGUGACUAUAGUUGUAAACGUGAAUUGUUUCCUGGAAAAGUUACGAAGCUGCCGAAGGCAUCAUUACCUACUUUGA